AUGGACGAUGUGGAACGCAGCAACUUAUUUGAAGAGCUUGGAGAAUAUGAAGUGAUUGUGGCAUAUGAAGACGAUGACAACAAACUCUAUUCCACAUUAAAGGACAUAGACAUUGACUAUGUCGAAGUGGAUUUGGGGGUAUCUGAAAAGCUUAGAAUGGAGUUUAUGAAACACUUUGACGUGGCCAAGCUUCCUGCCCUUGUGAUAAGGGGCACACCUGUUCUCGGAGAUCCGGAUAAGGGAAUAAGAGAGUAUAUUAAGGAAAGAGAAGCAAGGGCUCUGAAGAAAAUCCAAGAUGUCAUCGACCCUAGUAAGGUUGUUCUCUUCAUAAAGGGAUCUCCAGAACAUCCUAAAUGCGGGUUUACCAGGAUUCUCAUGGAUGUUUUGCUGAGGGAAGGCGUGACAAGAGAUAAAAUUGCAUACUUUGAUGUCCUAUCUGAUGAAGAUGUUAGAAAAGGACUAAAGAAAAUAAACAACUGGCCCACCUUUCCACAAGUGUAUAUCGGAAAUAGAUUUAUAGGGGGCUUAGACGUUAUUCGAAAGAUGUCUGAAAGGGAAAUGCUUAGAGAUGAGCUAUCAGACAUAAUCUGA